AUGGUCUUCCACAUUUUGCUUGGAAGCCCAUCUGAUGCAGAGCCGAAACCCAUGGCGCGUAGGCGAGUGGCUACAUCAGCUGGAAGAUCCUCAAUGCUGCGUAGGACAAAGCGGUCAGCGCCAUCUGUCAUACAUAUCCCUCUGAACUCUUGGAAUCCCCAUACGUUGCGGUUGCCUGAUUUCAACAGAAUGCGAACUGCUUUGGCGACCACAACCUCUUGUACAGCUAUCAGCUCAUGCAGGCACGGCACAAAGUCUUCGCUCCCCAAGCACGCGACUUGCUACAGCACAUUCGACAUCCCAUGCUACGGACCAGAAUACAAUACCAGUGGUUGUCCAAGCACGGCAUACAGCAAGAGUGUGAUUGAGGAUGCGUUGACGCAGGAGAGCGGUGCUGUGCCAUAUAUUGGUUGCAGUGGCCCAAGGUACAACGAGAUCGAGGCAGGAAGAGCUGCGAACACAACGGAUACUGGCAGGACAGUGGUCAGCGAGGUGUGGUAUUUCAUGCACGCCUACCGCCGCCCACAGGAUCACCACACCAUGCUUGUCGACUCUACUACUCUCAGUGGAUGCACAAAUGCCACCAAUGCUGUGCGAUACUACGAGACUACUGUACAGGAUGCCGCACAGCCAGGUAACUACACUUCCUGA